AUGUACCUGCCACCGCAGCUCGCCUUCGCCCUGUACGCGGCCGCCUUCGCGCUGGGCGUCCCGCUCAACGCCCUGGCCAUCCGCGGCGCCGCGGCCCACGCGCGGCUGCGCCUCACGCCCAGCCUGGUGUACGCCCUGCACCUGGGCUGCUCCGACCUGCUGCUGGCCGCCUCCCUGCCGCUGAAGGCGGUGGAGGCCCUGGCCUCGGGAGCCUGGCCGCUGCCCGCCCUGCUGUGUCCCGCCUUCGCGGUGGCCCACUUCGCGCCGCUCUACGCGGGCGGCGGCUUCCUGGCCGCGCUCAGCGCCGGCCGCUACCUGGGUGCGGCCUUCCCCCUGGGCUACCAAGCCAUGCGCAGGCCGCGCUACUCCUGGGGGGUGUGCGUGGCCAUAUGGGCCCUCGUCCUCUGUCAGCUGGGCCUGGUCUUUGGGCUGGAGGCUCCGGGAGACUGGCUGGGCAUCAGCACGCCGGUCAACGGCUCGGCCGUCUGCCUGGAGGCCUGGGAGCCAGCCUCAGCCGGCCCGGCCCGCCUCAGCCUCUCGCUCCUGCUCUUCUUUCUGCCCUUGAUCGUCACGGCCUUCUGCUAUGUGGGCUGCCUCCGGGCGCUGGCUCGCUCAGGCCUGAGCCACAGAAGGAAGCUGAGGGCGGCCUGGGUGGCCGGCGGGGCCCUGCUCACACUGCUGUUCUGCUUAGGCCCCUACAAUGCCUCCAACGUGGCCGGCUUCCUGCACCCCGACCUGGGAGGCCAGUGGCGGAAGCUGGGGCUCAUCACGGGUGCCUGGAGUGUCGUGCUCAACCCGCUGGUGACCGGUUACAUGGGAAGGGGUCCCAGCAGGGGCACGGUAUGUGCAGCAAGAACGCAAGGAAGAAUAUCCCAGAAGUAA